AUGGAGGGGGAGGCCGAGGUCCCGGGUCACCCCGGGGAGUCCCCUGUGGAGGCAGCGGCCCCGGGGCCCGUCGCGGAGGAGCAGGCGGCCGCAGAGGAGGCCGGGGGCGAUAGUCCCCCUGAGGAGCCGGCGGGGGAAGAGGCUGCCGCGGAGGAGCGGGAGGCAGAGCCGGAACACAGCGCGGGCACGGAGCCUCCUUCCCCGGCCGCUGAGGGAAUCCCCGAGGCAGAGGCGGGAGCCGCCCCAGAGGCGCCCACCAGCGCCAGCUUCACGGAGGGCGAGGCCGAGGAGCCGCCCCCGCUGCAGGUGGGGGAAGUGCUAAGCCCCCGGGCGAGCUGGGGGGAGAGGCGGCCCAGCUUGCCCCUGCUGGAGCUGGGCAGCCCCCUGGAGGAGGAGGAGGCGGAGGACGCGGGGGAGGAGGCGGCGGAGCAGCGGCAGCGCGCGGAGCUGACCGAGCAGUACCGGCUCCUGCUGGCCGAGCGCGAGCGCACGCGCCGGUACAACUGGCACCUGCAGUUCAAGAUGUACGAGCUGUUCCGCAAGAAGGGCGAGGAGCCGCCCCGCGCGGAGCUGGAGGAGCUGGUCUCCGACAAGGAGCAGCGCUACGCUCGCUACCUCGCCAUGCUGGAGGAGCUGAGGGGGCAGCUGGCCCAGCAGCGGGCCUGGUACCAGCUCCAGAUAGACGCCCUGGAGCAGCGCUGCACGGAAAAGCUGGACCGGGUGAACGCCGACUGGCUCGCCUUCCAGGCCUGCAAGAAGGAAGUGACCCUCUUCGCCAUGGGGCGCCAGCUGGGGGGGAAGGAAGCUGCCGUUAAGGAGGUGGAGCACAUCCAAGCCAAGGAGCAGCGUAAAGAGAACGAGAUGAGUGAGGUCCGCCUGGAAAACAUCAAGCUGCAGCAUAAGAUUGAAAAGCUUGAAGCAAGCCUGAAAGCUCAAGAGGAACUGGCAGAAGGACUGCACCUGAUAGACUUUGAGCAGCUGAAGAUAGAGAACCAGACCUACAAUGAGAAAAUUGAGGAGCGCAAUGAAGAGCUUCUGAAGCUCCGGAAGAAGAUCACUAAUACAGUGCAAGUUCUGGCCCAGCUUAAAGAAAAACUGCAGUUUGUGGAAGCUCAGAAUCAAGACCAGAGGGCCCAGCUGAUGGAGACUGAGGCAUCGGUGGCACAGAAAAGAGAGAUUCUGACCAAAACCAAACAGGCUAGGGAUAGUUUACGGGUACACAACUUGAAAUUGCGACAGAAGUGUGGGCUUCUUGGAAGUGAGGCACUGCUGCGGGACUUUGAGAACAAGGUGGAUGCUGCUGAAGUGCUAAGUCAGCGGCUGGAGAUGCUGAAACGUCACCAUGCUGGACUCUCCCUUACGUGCAAAGCUGUAAAGAAAAAAAUCAAGGAAGCAAAAUCCUUUCUACCAGAAUGAGGAUUUUGAAGAAGAAAGUGAGGUUAAAAGACAGAAAAACAAAAAUUGAGCACUUAAAUUGGUUUAUUUGUCUCUGAAAUUGUUUUUCAUGUACAGGCUUUGAAUACAGUAAAAGGGUGAAAUAGUCUCAAUUUCACAUCUAAUGAAAACUUUGUUUCCAAAGUUUUAAUGUUAUACAUUCUAUCAGGAGACUGCCCUGAAGUUCUGCCUUUUCCAAUGGCUCAUGAAGAAACCAAGCAUAUGUGGCUAAUUACUCUAUCAUAUUGAUAUUUUAAGUAUGCAUUUAAAACACACACACACAGGCACUAUUCUAAUCGCUAGCAGCAUCACCCUCUGGUGAGCUCUGAAGUAGCUUUUCUGAAUAACCUCAACAUUGGGAAAAAGAAUUGAUACCACACCUAAAAAAUUCUCGGUUGGGAGGGAGGAAUUGGGAUCAUAAUGGAAAGCUGACCAUUUUAUUACUGAGAGCAUAAUAGCUGGAGAGAUGAGUCUCUGAAAACAAUCCCGCACAGGCUUGGAAAAGAUUAGAUGCCACAGUAUAUGUUUUUCAUCUUCUCUAAUUAGUUUGCUUUGAUUUUUUUGUUUUUUUUUGGGGGGGGGGCACAAAAUGGUUAAAAAAGUCAUAAAACAAUUCAACUGUACUAAAUACCCCAUUCUUACAUCUGUUGGUUUCUGGUGUUCUAGUAAAUCUCCAGUAGUGAUGAGAGACUACAAAGUAGGUUGAUUAAUUGGGGCAAAACACCACUACCCAAUUUAAUGUCUUCUAGACACUAGCCAGCACACAGAGACGUAUACCAAUAAAUAUAGUGGUCAACA